UCGGGAUGGCGACGGGAAGAAGACAACCCCCAGCGCGGCUCAUCGUCGUCCACGUGGCUCCAAUAUCCUCUCGCCCGACAGCAUCAUAUUGAUACGAGAGGAGAAGCGUGCUCCGCCUCUUGCCCUAGCUGCAGCUCCGAGGUUUUUAUAUACAUACAUUCCAUAUAGCUGUUUCUCAUUAGGCAGAAGAUAUGGCUGGUGCUUUGGUCCAGUCAGCUAUUCUUCCUUCCCAAGUUGUGAGCAGAAACCGUGGACAGCUGAAAGGCGCUGGGAAGACUAGAAAGGCUCCCAAAAUGAUGGGCAACUUAAGAUCACACCCUCUCAGAUUGCAAGAUUUUGCAGGCUUGCGGGGGGCAAAUAAUUUGGAUUUGUUGUCCAGGUCUAGACAGGAUUUUCAUUCUUUGGUAUCAGCUUAUAUCUCUUCUCCACAGGGCAAGGCUUGUCGAGGAGUCCCUGUAGCCAUGUUUGAACGCUUCACAGAGAAGGCAAUCAAAGUAAUCAUGCUUGCGCAAGAAGAAGCAAGGCGGCUAGGCCACAAUUUUGUUGGGACAGAACAAAUAUUGUUGGGUCUUAUUGGUGAAGGGACUGGUAUUGCUGCAAAAGUUUUAAAAUCAAUGGGUGUAAAUCUUAAAGAUGCCCGUGUGGAAGUUGAAAAGAUUAUUGGAAGGGGCAGUGGUUUUGUUGCUGUUGAAAUACCAUUUACACCACGUGCGAAGCGAGUUUUGGAACUGUCACUUGAGGAAGCCCGCCAGCUUGGUCAUAACUAUAUUGGAUCUGAGCACUUGCUUCUUGGGCUGUUGCGGGAGGGUGAGGGUGUAGCUGCUCGUGUGCUUGAGAGUCUUGGAGCUGAUCCAAGCAAUAUCCGUACACAGGUCAUUAGGAUGGUUGGUGAAAGCACAGAAGCUGUUGGUGCUGGGGUUGGAGGAGGAAGCAGCGGCCAUAAGACGCCCACACUUGAGGAGUAUGGUACUAAUUUGACAAAGUUAGCGGAGGAGGGCAAACUAGAUCCAGUUGUUGGCAGGCAAGAGCAAAUAGAACGUGUUACCCAAAUUCUGGGAAGGCGGACAAAGAACAAUCCCUGUCUGAUUGGAGAGCCUGGUGUUGGAAAGACGGCCAUUGCAGAAGGACUUGCUCAACGCAUAGCAAAUGGGGAUGUUCCAGAAACAAUUGAAGGAAAGAAGGUCAUUACCCUUGAUAUGGGACUCCUUGUUGCUGGUACAAAAUAUCGUGGAGAGUUUGAAGAAAGAUUAAAAAAGCUGAUGGAGGAAAUAAAGCAAAGUGAUGAGAUAAUGCUCUUUAUCGAUGAGGUACACACAUUAAUUGGAGCAGGAGCAGCAGAGGGUGCGAUAGAUGCUGCUAAUAUCUUAAAACCAGCUCUUGCGAGAGGUGAACUACAGUGUAUUGGAGCCACAACACUCGAUGAAUACAGGAAGCACAUUGAGAAGGAUCCUGCUCUGGAAAGACGAUUUCAGCCAGUAAGAGUACCAGAGCCAACAGUUGAUGAAUCAAUUCAGAUUCUGAAGGGGCUUCGUGAACGCUAUGAGAUUCACCACAAACUUCGUUACACAGAUGAAGCUUUAGUUGCUGCUGCUCAAUUGUCAUAUCAAUACAUUAGUGACCGCUUCCUUCCUGAUAAAGCAAUUGACUUGAUUGAUGAAGCUGGUUCUCGUGUGAGGCUACGCCAUGCACAGGUAUGGCUUUAUCUUUUCCCAUUCAAACAGGAAGUUUCUCUGCUUGCUGUAUUAAGGAAGAUCUGUCCUUGCCAGCUUCCCGAGGAGGCCCGAGAACUUGACAAAGAGCUCAGGCAGAUCACCAAGGAGAAAAAUGAGGCGGUCCGUAGCCAAGAUUUUGAGAAGGCUGGGGAGCUUCGUGAUCGGGAGAUGGAACUGAAGGCGCAGAUAUCAGCCCUAAUUGACAAGGGUAAAGAGAGAAGUAAAGCGGAGAGCGAGGCAGGUGAUUCGGGCCCUGUUGUGACAGAAGCAGACAUACAACACAUUGUGUCUUCUUGGACUGGAAUCCCAGUUGAGAAAGUCUCGAGUGAUGAGUCAGAUCGCCUCCUUAAGAUGGAAGAGACUCUUCACAAGCGUGUUAUUGGCCAGGACGAGGCUGUCAAAGCCAUAAGCCGUGCCAUCCGCCGAGCCCGUGUCGGUCUCAAGAAUCCCAACCGGCCAAUUGCUAGCUUCAUAUUUUCUGGGCCAACUGGUGUUGGAAAAUCAGAGCUGGCUAAGGCACUGGCUGCUUACUACUUUGGCUCUGAGGAAGCCAUGAUCAGACUAGACAUGAGUGAGUUCAUGGAGAGACAUACAGUCUCCAAGCUCAUCGGCUCACCUCCUGGUUAUGUUGGGUACACUGAGGGUGGGCAGCUAACUGAAGCAGUUCGCCGUCGCCCCUAUACUGUUGUCCUCUUUGAUGAGAUAGAGAAGGCUCACCCGGAUGUAUUCAACAUGAUGCUUCAAAUUUUAGAGGAUGGGAGGUUAACGGAUAGUAAGGGACGAACUGUGGAUUUCAAGAACACCCUGCUGAUUAUGACGUCCAAUGUUGGAAGCAGUGUGAUUGAGAAGGGAGGGCGUAGGAUAGGAUUUGAUCUUGACUAUGAUGAGAAAGACAGCAGCUAUAAUCGAAUCAAGAGCCUGGUUACCGAGGAGUUGAAGCAGUAUUUCAGGCCCGAAUUCUUGAAUAGGUUGGAUGAAAUGAUCGUGUUCCGGCAGUUGACAAAGCUUGAGGUAAAGGAAAUUGCUGAUAUAAUGCUGAAAGAGGUGUUUGAGAGGCUGAAGGCUAAGAACAUAGAACUUCAAGUUACAGAGAGGUUUAGAGACAGGGUGGUAGAGGAAGGUUAUAGCCCAAGCUAUGGAGCAAGGCCCUUGAGGAGGGCCAUAAUGAGGCUCUUGGAGGACAGCUUGGCAGAGAAGAUGCUUGCUGGAGAGAUCAAAGAGGGAGACUCUGCCAUUGUGGAUGUUGACUCUGAUGGAAAUGUUACAGUUCUUAGUGGUGCAACUGGUGUACCAGAGUCCCCAGCUAUUCCUGUAUGAAGUGUAAUAAACAAUGUACCAUUUAAUUGUUGAGCGGUUUCAUGUUAAUGUACUUCAUCUAGGUAGAGGCUACCACAGCAGCAGCAGCCCAAUCAUCUUAUUUGCUGGUUUUAAGUUUGUGACAGCUUACAGCAUACAGCCCCAUGAAUAGAGUCCGGGUAAUUAAAGUUUGAGGUUAGGGCACCAAGAAGAGCAAAUUAGUUUGACUCAUUAAGUCAGAAGGCAGACUUGAGCUAUUUCUGUUCUUUAUCAAAAUUGUGUACUCUGAUAGUAUUUUCCUGCUCUUUAGCUUCUCUGUACGAACUGGCUAGAUUUUAUGCAAACUAGCUUGUAAUGCAUGGUCAGACCUAGUUGUGAAUCAAAUGCCAUAUAUAUUAUUCACUGCUCGGAAA